AUGAAUCAGAUGGCUUCUUCGUCCUGGACACUGGAAAUGCAGACGAGAUGCCACCUGAGCCUACGCCAAGCGGGAAAGACGUUGCAGAGAAAAAAUCAAAACAACCCUCCCACGACGUCAAAUCCCAUGAUAAACUCAUGGAUGAAGGAAAUACAGAAGCUUCUCGACAAAGCAAUUUGUGGCCCGUCUUUUGAAAAGAAUUACGGCGAAACAGCAAAAACUAUGGGAAGGAGAGCCAUGAAGAGGUUAAGGAAGUUGGAGCGAGAGAAAACGAAGGGUCGCGACUGGUUCGAUCUUCCUGCCACUGAACUCACGGAGGAAGCAAAAGCUGAUCUGGAAUUACUUCAAAUGCGUGCUGCUAUCGAUCCUUUGGCAUUUUACCUGAGAAAUGACCGCAACGUUUUGCCCAAGUACUUCCAGGUUGGACGUGUUGUUGAUGCUCCCCAAGAUUUCUAUAGCAGUCGUAUGACCAAGAAAGAAAGAAAGCGGACGAUGUUGGACGAAUUGCUUAAUGAUCAGCGGCUUACGCAGUCAAAAAGAGAAAAGAUGUUCAUGGUUGUUAUCGCUUUGCUGCCUAAGUACAAAAGAAGUUUUAACUCUUCAUCAACGCCUCGAGCAAUGAAUGUGACUAUUCACUCGUAA